GAGUUCUGUUGUUUUGUUUCCAGGUUUAAUUAAAUAAGAUGAUAAACAAGAAAAAAAUGCCAUAUUGUAAUGUAAAUUCCACAAUAAUAAAAAAAAAGAAAAUAAAUAAAUAAAUAAAAAAUGCGUUUCCGGAAGUCAUCAAAACGUCACUUCCCCUCCUCGGUUUUGGCGGGCUGGUUGAAACAGAAGCUCUUCAGUUGGUUGUCGUGUAGCAACAACAACAUCUAACAUCUGUUCAUUUAUAUAGAUAUCAGAGUUUAACAUGAUAGUUAGCUCUAGUAGAGAUGUUUCACUAGGUGAACGAUCGGACGGAUGUUAGUAUUUGAGACAAUUGAAGCUGGUUUAGCUUCUCCAGCUAACUAACUGUUGUUUUCAGUGUUUAGUCAGCUAGCAUACAGAACAGAUAGCUAACCUUACCUUGAUGUGGUUCAUAUUUACCUGAUUAAAAAGCUCUACAAGCGCUUUGCAAAGCAAUGGACCGACCACCAAGGAAGAUGAAGGUUGUGAACUACUCUGAGGCAAAGGAACUGGAUGAUGAUGAUGAGGAUUUUGCCUGCGUGAGGCCUCCACCCAGCAAAAAGGCCAGGGAUGUGAAACAGGAGCACAAGAAAUCAUCGAGCAAGUCCUCCAGUCAGGAGUCCAACUCACAGUCCACAUUGAGCCAGAAGAGCAGACCAUUAGAUGUGAGGUUGCAUGAAAGAGAUCUGGAAGCAGCCAUUACACUAUCCAUGCUCAAUAGUGCAGAUGGGAUAAAGGACCAGUCUCCGACCAGUAAAGGAGAUGUCAAAGUUCAAGUUCCGGUAGAUGAAAGCACAGAUCCGACCUCUCUGCACCUGUCAAACUGCAGUGUGGAUUUGACAGUUUUGGGCCUGGAUGAAAUCACAUCAGAAAAAGAGUCACCUGCUCUUUCCAGACAGAGAAAGGCUGGAGCUAGAGCCACUGAGGAGCAGAAGAAAAAGCUUACGGAUGAAGAUGAAGACUAUGAACCCAAACUGACACCAGAUUCAGAAAGUGAUGAUGAAGAUGAAGAUUUCAGUGAACCAGCUGAGAGCGAAGAUGAGGAAUUCACAGUGAAGAAAGUCAGCAAAACAAAAAAGAAGGAGAAAGUUACCAAGAACGAGAAGACCAAACCGCCUCCUGUUUCUAAAAAAGAAAAGGAACCAUCAAAACCGUCAAAGUCUAAAUCACAGGCAACAGUAGCUUCCGUACCGGUGAGAAGUCCUCCAACAGCUGAAUUGGCACCCAAGAGACCUGCUUCAUCAUCCACAGUUUCUACAUUUAAACCUGCAUUAUCUCCGAGCCCAGCAGGUGGCAAAAUACCCAAGUGGAACCCACCAGCUCAAGUUGGUAGAAGUCCCACUUCAUCCAGUUCAGCAGUGAAGUCUCCAGGUCAGGGUCUCCGGCUCGGACUGUCCCGUCGUGUUCGAGUCAAACCUCUCCACCCCAGCGUUGCGAGUCACUGACCCGUCUGGAGAAGCCCCUGUAUGUAUCAGUUGUGUUGUCCUUUUAGCUUUAUUUUAAAAAGAUGCUUGUAAAUUUUAAUUCCUAUUUUCAGGACUAUAAAUAUAAAGUAACUCCCAGGAUAUUUUUCCCACGAUGCUCUCAGCUUUGGGCACAUAUGCCAAUUGCAUCUUGAGCUAUUAUUUCACCACACUUCAUAAACCGGUCAUGGAAUAGUCACAGGGUGUGCUUUGUUGACUCUAGUUAUUAAUGUCAAUAUUUUUCAGUACAGUAAUUGUGUCUAUAGUAGGGCUGCCAAUUGAUUAAAAUAUUUAAUCCAUAGUUAAUUACGAUUAAUUGCACAUAUUUUUAUCUGUUCAAAAUGUACCUUAAAGGGACUGUUUGUAAGAAUCAGAAAUGCUUGUUGACAGCGACACCUGUGG